AUGCCUUCCACUGCCAACCAUCAAGUGCCGUCCACUGCCAACCAUCCAAGUACCUUCCACUGCCAACCAUCCAAGUGCCGUCCACUGCCAACCAUCCAAGUACCUUCCACUGCCAACCACCCAAGUACCUUCCACUGCCAACCACCCAAGUGCCUUCCACUGCCAACCACCCAAGUGCCUUCCACUGCCAGCCACCCAAGUGCCUUCCACUGCCAACCACCCAAGUACCUUCCACUGCCAACCAUCCAAGUACCUUCCACUGCCAACCAUCCAAGUACCUUCCACUGCCAACCAUCCAAGUGCCGACCACUGCAAACCAUCCAAGUGCCGACCACUGCAAACCAUCCAAGUACCUUCCACUGUCAACCACCCAAGUGCCUUCCACUGUCAACCACCCAAGUGCCUUCCACUGCCAACCACCCAAGAACCUUCCACUGUCAACCACCCAAGAACCUUCCACUGCCAACCACCCAAGAACCUUCCACUGUCAACCACCCAAGAACCUUUCACUGCCAACCACCCAAGAACCUUCCACUGUCAACCACCCAAGUGCCUUCCACUGCCAACCACCCAAGAACCUUCCACUGUCAACCACCCAAGAACCUUCCACUGUCAACCACCCAAGAACCUUCCACUGUCAACCACCCAAGAACCUUCCACUGCCAACCACCCAAGAACCUUCCACUGUCAACCACCCAAGUGCCUUCCACUGCCAACCAUCCAAGUGCCUUCCACUGCCAACCACCCAAGUGCCUUCCACUGCCAACCAUCCAAGUGCCUUCCACUGCCUGCUGGCAGGUUGACUUCAAAACACUUGUGUGUGCCAUCAUGACGGAAGGCACUCCUCAUCUGUUCUUGCUGCUGCUGCUGCUGCUGCUGCUGCUGACGAAGGCAGGAGGCAACCACAGUGCAGCGAACAGCACUCACCACCACCCCACCAGGUCCCGGCGCACACCUGAGCACCCACACACUCACCUCACCACACCAGAGCUGAUCCAGGUCCGCGGGUACCCGGCCGAGGUCCACCACGUCACCACCGACGACGGCUACAUCCUAGAGAUGCAUCGCAUUCCGCAUGGCCGCAACGGCAGGAGACGGAGUAGCAAUGGCGAGCCUCGUGUGGUUUUCGUUAUGCAUGGCGUGCUCUUCUCUAGCGCGGGAUUUGUCUUGAACGACCCCGACCAAGCAUUAGCCUUUAUCCUAGCGGACGCGGGGUACGAUGUUUGGCUUGGCAACGCUAGAGGAACUUCAUAUGGUCGACGGCAUGUUAGUCUCUCUCCCAGCCAACCUGAGUUCUGGGACUUCAGUUUCAACGAGUUGGCGCGCUACGAUGUUCCCGCCAUGCUGCGCUAUGUGCGCAAGACAACGGGCGCUGCGCAGGUCGACUAUGUGGGCCACUCUCUCGGUGCGAGCAUUUUCUUCGCUGUGGUCAACUACCACCCAUACAUCAACUCCUGGGUGCGGGUUGUAGCAGCUAUGGCGCCAGCAGCACACAUCCGAGGCAGACAUGUCCCUAUGAGUCUUCUAUCACCCUUUGGCAGUGUUAUUGAUGAGCAGCUAACACGCUUGGGAAAGCUGGAGUUAUUUCCGUCGACGUACAAAUCCAUGGCAGCGUCCUCGGCCCUGUGUGGAGAGAGAACCUUCACCAGCCUCUUGUGUAUCAUCUUCUACUUCUCAAUAGCUGGUGGUAUCAACUCCGUCUACCUGGACAAGGAGUAUCUACCUGUUAUCUUCUCCCACUGGCCGGAUGGCAUCGGGCUCCACUUGUUCGUUCAUCUCCUACAGGUCCAUCGCUCAGGCGAAUUUCAAGCUUUCGACUUCGGCGAGGCGAGGAACUCGGCGGUGUACGGGACGCCUCACCCUCCGGAGUUCACCCUGAACGCCGUCACCGUCCCUGUUGGUGUCUUCUGGUCUGAAAACGACUGGGUUGCCGAUCCACAGGGGAUUCACCAGACGGUGGCGGAGUUACCGCAAGUCGUCCUCGACUAUCGGGUUCCUCUCUCAGACUUCAAUCACGCAGACUUCGUCUUGGCGGAGAAUGCCGCCCACCUCGUCUACCGCCAGGUGCUCCAGCUCCUGGACCGCUACGGAGACUGAGAAACAAUACACUAAUCCUCCUUCAUAUUUAUAGAACUCUGUGGUUAAUAAUUUAUUCAGUUAAUUUAUGUUUGUUAAUAUCGUUUUGCACAUAAAUAAUAAUAAAAUUCACAGGAGUCCGUGAUGAGGAUUCGAACCUAUGCGUUGGGUAUUACCAGACACACGAUCUAGCCGUCUAGGCCACAAUAAACAGGCUCAAAAAGAAUUGCAUCCUGGGGGUCUGCUGAGCCUACGAGGAUUCCACUGAAUUCAAACCAAGGCUUCACACAAUCAUCCCCCCCCCCUCUCAUCCAUUCUGACUUCUGUCAUCCAGGAAUUCUACCUCUAACGCCCCACUUUAAAUACACAGAGGAAAUCACAUUAACGUGAUAUAUAUUUCAAUGAGAUCUCAAUAAAGUGAUACAUAGCAAUGAGAAUAUAUCACAGUACCAUGGUAUAUAUCAAUGAGAAUAUAUCACAGUAACAUGGUAUAUAUCAAUGAGAAUAUAUCACGUUACAGCGACUUCUCUGUGUAUCAAUACUAAUGUUCCUUGAUCUCUUUGUAUGGAGUUAGAAUCAGUUCUGCUGUUUUUGACCCCUUAUGAUGUAGCAAAAACAAAUUGCGGAAGACCUAAUGGCCUUGUUUUGCUGUUAGUAGGCCUUCUGCAGUGUCUUCUUGUGACCUGAAGUACCUCAG